UAUCGCGUAGCGGUAGUGUUGUGCUUGUGGUGUCGUGUUUCUCGUGUCUCGUCGAGCUCCAAUAACGCUUUUAUCUCUCGCGAUUACGAUGUGAGUUCAGUGAAAAAUAACGUCGAGAUAUUAUCGCUAAAUAUGUUUUCGAGCCGGUUUUAAGCAACAAUCCCCGAACAAAAGUAAAAGCAAGCGAGUUUGUUUCACUACCGGACCGCGUGCUCUCUGCUCCGUGUCGGUCGCUCCUCUUUUAAAGGAUUUUCAAGGUUAAAGCUUUCAUUGCCAGCACGAACGAUCCGUUGCUCCGAUUUUCUUCGUUCUACCCGACGCCAACUGAAGUUUGACGUUCGACAAAUUUCGCGCGUGAUUCUUCAAAGAAUAUUCCAAUUUCAUCCUACGUCAUCGCUUACCGACCGCGUUUACCGUCGAACGCCACGGACCGUAGUUCGUAUCAAGGAUUACAGUGUUUGGAGUCGUGACAGGAAUGUUGACGCUCGAAAAGGAGCAAACACAAGACCUUCCGAGUAAGUAAGCAACAGGAACAAAGUGAAUCGUUAAAAGUUUCGCCGGUGUGUAUACAGUGUGAACUAUUCGGUGGCAGUGCGCUAUAUACUUGAAUAGAAAAAAGGAAAUUUAUCCCUCGUUCGGAAUUUCGAUCGAAUGGCAGCAGAUCCGGAGAGGGUGGGGUUCGCGUACGUUGAAUCGUGACACGUGCACAUUCGAACGCGUUUAAAUUGCUCGGUAAAGGAGACCGUAACAGGGACACGGAGUAUUCUCGACAUAUUUGAAAAAUAAUGAGCGUUGCACGUUGAAGAGCGAACGCGACGACCGGUGGCGUGCAAUCACUUCCGGCAUCGUCUAUCCGUAAGAAGCCGGUUGAUCUCGAGGUGGCGGCCAUUUAACUGGAUAACGCGGUCCGUACCUCGGGAUCAAAUAUUACCACGUGACCGUGUACUCGCAAAAGAUCGUAGCGCAUUCUUUCGAAGAUGUCACGCCGGAGACAGGGCGCUUAAAGGGACAAGGACAGAUCGAGACCGGAUCGGUAGGGGGAAGGGAAGAACACGUGAACGAGUAGAGGGCGCGUUAAAGCCCUCGCGCGUUCACAAAACCGACGAACAAUGACGAUGGCUAGCAACAUAGUGGUCGAGUGGUUACGCUCACUUCAUCUCGGCCAGUACUCCGAGUCCUUUAUCGACAAUGGCUACGACGAUCUUGAGAUUUGCAAACAGAUCGGUGAUCCCGAUCUAGACGCGAUCGGUGUAUUUAAUCAAACGCAUCGGGCCCGGUUGUUGCAAUCGGUGAAGACACUUCGGGAAGAGGGCGCGGCGAGCGUUUACUUCACUUUGGAAGAGAGCAACGAUUGUUUGUGCGACAAUAUUAGUUCGAAAUCGUCUCGAACCUCUUCGGAGAGGCCGUUGAGUGACAAAGAAGCGCAGAGGGCAUCGCCUACCGCUAGUUCGUCGAGCGGGGGACAGGAAUUAACCAAGUUCGCGGACGAAUACGAGGAGGGCAAAGCGGAGCUCGUCAGAAUCCCAAAGAUGCAACUCAGAGUGCUGCUGCAGGAGAAACUUAGGCACGAUGGCAUCAGGUUGGCCUGUCAGCCCUACACAACACCGGAAGGCGAGAGGGGAUACUUGGAGGGGCUCGCUUCAAGGUAUGCAGACCUCUUCAGAACGCAUUACGGAGACGUCCUGGAGCCGCUCGAGGAGCUACGUCGCCGUGAAACAAAUGCUUCCCCCAGAAUGCCCAACACUCAACUCACCACCAGUCAUUCACAGCCCAUUUACGUGCCCGGAAAAUACUCGCCCUCGAGUUGCCUCAGUGAUAAAGAAGAGGAUGAGAUCUAUGGUUUUGGAUACGGAGUCUUUAGCAGACAAAUGCUUCAACAACGACAGCAGAAACUUGCUCUUGCUGCACAAAAUCCUACUCCAUUGACGCCGGGCACACAUCAACAAGCCUAUCAAAGCUGCCUGAGCCCAAGAUCCGCAUACUUCUACGAGUUCCCGCCCAAUGAGCAAGGACAAAGUACAAACAAGAAAAAGACAACAUUUUCGAGACUACUCCGAGGACUAAAGACGCACAGGAAAGAGAAACAAGCGCAAACUCAAGGUUCCCCGAGGCAUGGUCGUGCAAGGAUGGGUGUACCUCAAAGAGUGGAUACACCGGAUAGUGUACUGCAAAGUGGAUUGGGACUAGGACCAGACAUGGGACACACGAUUCUACGUUCCAUGGUGGAUCCACGGGAUUACGACCGAUUACGAUACCUUCAGAUGAACGGUGGACAACCAAACAGUUUCGAGGAAACUAUACACAGGCUGAAAGUUCAAGAGGCACUGAGGAAGAAGGAGCGAUUUCAUAAAGAACACGAAGAGGCUAGUCAGACAGGCAGAAAAAGACAGGAAGAAAUAAAGCGGAGAGUUUCCUUUGAGGCUGCGAGCAAUAUGGAAAUAAAGAUACUAAGGGACAUCCGGCAAGGUUUAAUGCAACUCGGACGGGACGGACGAGGUCACCUCCCUGGAGAUGACACUUAUAUGUAUGACGAAGACGCGCGUUGCGGAGGAAUAGGUCCAGGUCCUGGAGGACAGCACUGGUAUGACGAGCCUCCUUAUGAAUCAGACCCUGAAGAUUUCCUUAUGGGUGCGAGUGGAGGUCCAGUGCCAACUGCAACUAUUCAAAAUGGAAGAGUGUGCUUCACGUUAAAUUUGAGGCCCGAGAAUCGAGGAGAAGGUAUAAUUUCCCUUCGGACUGCCGGGGACAUCAGCCUUCCACGUGAUCGAUCCAGAAAAGGGGCAACUUCGACGAUGCGAGGACUUAUUGUACCACAAGGUCACAAUAACCCACCGACUAUCAUACCGCUUACACAUUCUAGAGCCUCUCGAGAAAGCGGGGAUUACGCUAGCAGUGAUGUCCAGAGCCGGAGUAGCGGCGAGGAAGGACUAUCACCAAGCCAAAGCAGCGACUACGAGGAACAAGAAGAACUUGAGAAUCAACAUUCGGCCGCCGUACACACAUCGGAAGCUAGCGCUCUACUCGAGGGCGAAAAUAGGGCGGGAAUUGCAGGCAGGGCAAGAAACUUGAGGCACGAUGUGCAACGCAAGAUUUCGAGGCUCCGCCAGGAUCGCACCUCCUCAGAGGCGUUUCCAUGUAGCGCCAGCAGCGUCGAGAGCCUCCCCAGCGGCAGUGGUUCUAGCACACAAGCACUUGUGCGUGCGGGAAGCAAUCACAGUUCGAUAUCUUGCGAAGAUAGGGAUGCUGUCAGUCCGAGCUCCAUUGGUCCUGUGCUGUGCAGAGCUAGAGCUCUGGUAGACUAUACGCCUAGUCCUUACGAUAAGGAGGCGUUGAAAUUCAAGAAGGGAGACAUCAUCGACGUGGUGCAAAUGAACAAAAGCGGUCUGUGGAAGGGUGUCUUGCACAACAGGAUAGGCCACUUCAAGUUCAUAAACGUCGAGAUACUGAACGACAGAGUUCCAAGGCGCGGUGAACCCGAAGGGCGGGGAAAGUGGGGCCAGAGAUACAGGCAGAAGCCUGGUUCCGUUCAAGAGCUCUUGCAGAGAAUGAAUCUUCAGGAACACAUUCCUGUUUUCGUAUUGAACGGGUACGAAGAUCUCGAGCUCUUCAGGGAAAUAGAGCCCUCGGAUCUUGAUUAUCUGCGCAUACAUCAGCCGGAACAUCGUGCCAAGAUACUCACCGCUGUGCAACUAUUACAUGAUCUUCAAUCCGGAAGCGAGGGUGACUUAGCGUCAAGCUCGGAGGGCGACGAGGUGAAUCGACUGGUGUUAACAUCUGGCCAGACAUCCGGCCAUUGUUCACCGUUUAAUCGUCGCCAGUUCCCACGGGAUUCUGGAUGUUACGACGCCCACAAGAAUCUCACUGGUCGACGGACCGUGAGCCCAGAAUCUUCAACGGCCACCAAAGUGUCCAGGGAGAACAACCUGGACGUAGCGGCGCCGGCGAAAAACGUGACCGGUGUCAACACCGAUGGUAGCCAAGGUUCCGAUAACAAAGACGACUUCCAUCCGAACAUACCCAUCAGUUACAACGUCGUUCCCGGUCAGAAGGAAGGUCAAUUCGACAAAUCCCCGUUGCUCCGCGGAGGGAACGUUCGGUUCAUCGCGAAGAGGGGCAACUUUGGCGAGACAGUGGUGAUCGAGGAUACCUGUGAAAGUGGACAAAAAGUCGGCGGUAUGGUAAAGUACGUGGUCGGAAGUAACGACCUUGGCCUCGAAGGUAGCGGCACGGUAACCGGUCUCGGUCAGAGAAGUUGCCUCAGCGAGAAAUCCAGCGAUUCCGGUGUCAGUUCAUCGAGUAUCAGCUCGGCACCUCCGCUAAGAGACAAAGUUCUUGCGAACGUCGCCUCUGAUUCACCUGCUAAGAACUUUGGUAAUUUCACGAAGGCGUCGCCGACCUCUCAGCCAGCUAAUAAGAGUCAGAGCAGCGAUGCUAGUUACCAGUGAGAAACGAUACCAGUGACGUGCUUAACGAAAUUCAGGAAAAUCUCGGCAACCCUUUCCUUUGCGUUCCAUCCUCUUUUCGUUAAUCUUCUACUUUGAUCGUAAGUAUCUUGAAUUUUCUUUUGAUCCUUCGACACCGAGUCCGGUUGGACUGACGAUGGGUUAGGUAUUUCGUACCAGGACAACGAUCGAAAUUCUUUGCAGCAAGGGGUAACGUAGGAUAUCAUUCAGGAGUCAAAUAAAACGAAAGCAAUAAACAUUUAUGAAUUAAUUAAACUUGGUAUUUUUGCAGUAAUUAAUAUUCAUGCUUGAAUGUAUGAAAUGUUCCAAAUUGUGAAUACUUUGUAGACAGAAUGUAAGAUUGCUUUUGUUUAUCGUUUCAUCAGAUGCAAGAAAAAGAAUGGCAUCUUAAAGUACGUGGAAUCAAAAGGAAUAUAACGAGGUGCCUUGCCAUCCUUUGUUGCCUUAACGAUUCUUUCUCCUCGUUAGUCUAUAACCAAAAGUAUGCUGCUACCUGUUCUUUAGCGAGAAUUCCAACUUCAUUUCUCUCAUCUGAAAUCGGUCUUGUACUUCAUUAUUCUUGUCCUGAAUUUUUUACGAAUCGCGGUAAAAGAGGUACAAAGAAAAAGAAUAAAAAUUUUUUUUUUCUUUUUUUAAGCAGUUUUAACGAGGAUGUAAGCAAAGUUUCUCGACUUUUGUACUGUGUACGAAUUGAAAGAAUUCCAUUGAAGAGAAAAAAGGAAAAUGUAAAUCACGGUCAUUUCAUGAUCUCGUCUAUCGUUUUCAACGCUCGUGUAAUUAAUGAUAAUAAUAAUAUGUGAUAAGGUAGUAUAUACGCCUGCAUAACGUGUAAAUAGAUUAACAAUUAACGAAAAUACAAUCACGUUCGUGGUUUAUUGCAAAAGACGUUUAACGAAAAUAAUUGGGGAAAAAAGACUCGUUGAACCGUCAAUUUAAUUUGAUACAAGACUUGAUCAGCUGUCCGAUCGUUCUCCAAGAUGGCUGAUUUUUAGACCAGUAAUUCGUAGACUAAAGACUGCCAACGCUAUUGAUACUUUUCUCUCGUCGAGGAGAAAUAAUUCAUUUUUUUACUCUUGUAUGUUUUUGCUACGUUUAGCUAUAAUUUACUCCGAUAAUACGAGAGGGAUUUAUGUGGCGAACGAUUUAGUUAAGUCGUAGAUUGCAUAUAAAUAAAUAAAUAUGUAUAAUGGAGAAGUGAAAAAAAGAUACGUGUUCGAAGUCCGUAAAAAUAAAUAAUGUAGAUAUUCAAUUGAUUAGGUAUCAAAAUCAAAAGCAAUUAAUUUGAGUGACAUCGAGACCAUUCAAUAAUUAUUCUAUUUCUUAUUAAUUUGAAAUUAUAGACACCACUCUUUAACUUUCGGACGGCGGACCAUGGAGAGAACCCCAAUUUUAAUUUUUUUAAAUUAGCGUCAUAGGCGAAUUUACCACCCUUCUGUGAACGUAUACAAUUUUUUCCAAAAUUGUAGAAAAUAAUAAUUUGUCCCGUCCGAAAGUCAAGUCAAGUUAGAUCUUCCUCCCCUAAUCUCACCUGCUCCACCUGAGACAUAGCCAAGAAAAAUAAUAAAAAUCCUUAUGCACUCAACAAGAAUCGCUUUUCCCCUUCUUUUUUUUUCACAUAAAUAUUUAAUAUUGUUAGUACACAAUCGACAAUCCCCAUCAUCGAUGCAACUUAGUUCUUCGACAUGAUGGUUACCUGUACAUGUGUAUAUUGAAACCAUACCGGAUGAAACGUUGAAAGUUACAAAGUUUUCGUAUGUAUAUACAGCACUCAUAGAAACAUAACGAUGUUUUAUAUUGACCCAAUCUUUGCCAAAACUUUAGACUAUAAAUAUAUAUAUAUAUAUAUAUAUAAAUAUAAAUAUGUUAUAUAUCAAAUCGUUGGAUCUUAUGUACAUCUUUUGUAUAGUGUAAAAUGAUGGACGAAUAAUGGAUUGAACGAGAUCAGAAAUGAAACAGAUUAAAGACUUACAUGUACCAUGGAUACAAUUAUCAAAAUCUCUAUAUAUCUCAAUACUGUAAAUAAAAUAUACGUAAAAAUGUUUAAGAAACAAUUUGAUUAUUAAGGAGGACAGCCGGAGACUGACAAGUAAAUGUUAGAGAUCUUAUAGAAUUUAACAUGCAUGUUUAUCUUCUUCAUUACUAUCAAUUUACAAGUAGUUUCACAGCCGACGAAUAAAGUAUUGAUUAUAUAUAGAAAUUUUAUAGAAGUGUAAAAAGAAAAAAAAAGAAAUUUCAUCCAUGAUUUUUAGUUGAAGUAAUUUUGAACAUGCUGCUUUUAUAAUAAUGGUUCGUUUAUUAGAUUGACAGCUGAAUUUGCAAUCUUUUUAUGCAUUUUAUUUAAAAAUUUUAUUGCAACGGGAUCAAAAAAUUACUGCAAGGAUUCUAUAAUUGUCAAUUUAAUUGCCAAUCUAAUAUUAUAAAGGGUGUUAACAAAUUGUUAAUUAAUAAAGGGUUAAUGGUACUCAUACAUACAAAUAGAAAUCUUUUAACAUCGUUAAAUAAGAAAUUUGCAAAUUUUUAUUUUUGAAUUUUCAAGGAUUCUAUUAGCUUGAAAUUUUCAUUUUAAUUACCCCUUGUACGACUAAUGCUGGAUCAAUUAAGACUUAACCUUACAUAUGUCUUACAUGACACUAUAAUAAUAAAAAAAAUACAAUAGAUAAUAAAAUAAAUGCCUGAAGAUGUGUACAAAAGAAAAUUUGAUUAAUAAGUCAUGUUUGACCCAGCACCCACCGUACUAAUUAAUAAUUCAUUAACACCCCAUGUACCUAAUUCAAUUUUUCAGUUUUACGUUGCAAUUAAACGGGUUAUUGAAAAGUUUGACACGUUUCUUUGCAAAGUACAUUCGCAUGAUGAAAUGUUUAUUACUUCAUAAACACGAAUUACUAUAAUGCUAUAGUUUAUCCGUUCCAUUGAGAGAAAUAUUAUGCUUAGAGAUUGAAUCAAGAGAAAGAAGAUUAAAAAUUAAGAGGGAGCGAAUGAAGGUGUUAAUUAGUAAGGAAUUUUGUGGUGAGAGUACGAAUAGACGCAAUACAAAUGAUCGUAUUAGUUGAAGCAUAUAGCAUUUAAUGUAAAAAAAAAAUAAUAAUAAAAAAAAAGAUCAAAUUCAUUUAUGAGAGUAGGUACAGUGAAUCAUAAUCGAAAUAAGUAAUUUGAGGGAAAAAAGACGUCUGAUGGUAAAGAGGUUUAUUAAAUAUGUAUGUCCGUGCGUGGGAAAUGGACGAUCCGUUUACCGGAAGUGGCCAUCUCGAGGAGAAGUACGAAGGCGUCUGAUUCGCUGAUAGUGAAAAUACAAAAUAUAAAAAAAUGAUUAAGCGUUUACUUAGCGGUCUAGUCCAUUUUUUCUUGCAAAGUUUAAUGCGAUACAUAAUUGUAAAUAAAAAAAAAAGUAAGGGGAUAAUAAUUAAAAAAAUAAUAAUAACAGGACUAGAAGAUAUGCAAUCGCGUCAACGUGAGUUGCUAAAACCUUUUUAUAAACUGAUUUUGUAUUUAUUAAUUAAUUGCGGUUUUUUAUAGAGGUAACGAAUCCGUAAUUCUUAUCGCCUCUCAGUUCUCGUAUGGUUUCCAACGACAAAUGUUAAUUUAUUGACUGUGAAUAGAAA